AUGAGGAAGGCCAGAGUAAAUCCAGUCAUCACCAUAGCUCUAGUGUGCUUCUGCUUCCUUGCCAACUCCAUCAGCUGCACGAAGCUGAAAACAUUCCGGCGAGAGUACGGUUCCUUCGACCCGACCCACUUCGAAAUCUUCACAGUGGAUACCCCCGCCACCAUCAGCAACGGCGCCCUCCAAGUCACCCCGGACUCCGCCUCCGCCGACUUCAAUCUCUUCAACAACUCCGGCCGCGUUCUCCUCCCGCAGAGGUUCAAGCUCUGGCACGACGCCACUGCCCCGGCCGCCUCCUUCAACACCUCCUUCCUCAUCAACAUCAGCCGCCUGCGCAACGGCAGCACCCCCGGCGAGGGCCUCGCCUUCCUCAUCGCCCCCGACCUCCUCCUCCCCGCCAACAGCUCCGGCCGCUUCCUCGGCCUCACCAACUCGUCCACCGACGGCAGUCCCUCCAACGGGGUCGUCGCCGUCGAGCUCGACACGUUCCGGCAGGAUUUCGAUCCGGACGACAACCACGUCGGCAUCGACCUCCACACCGUCAGAUCCGCGAGGACCGAGUCCCUAACCCCUCACGGUAUAACCCUCGCCCCCAACGACACCAGGUUUUACAACGUCUGGGUGGACUACGACGGCGAGGCCAGGGUCAUUGACGUGUACAUUGCGGAGCAGUUGGAGAGAUUGGGGCCCACGCCCCAGAAGCCGCGGGCGCCGAUUCUGCGGGCGGAUUUGGAUCUGAGGGAACACGUCCACCAGCACUCCUACUUCGGGUUCUCGGCCUCCACGGGGAGGACCAACCAGCUCAACUGCGUGUUGAGGUGGAACCUAACCGUUCGAUACUUCCCCGAGGAAGACGGGAAGUGGGUGGCGGCGGCGCUGGGGGCGGGGAUCCCGGCGCUGGUGGUGCUGCUGGCGGCGGCGGCCUGGGUGGGGUGGUGUUGGAUGCGGCGGAGGGCGGCGCUGGCGAAUCCGGAGCUGGUGGGGGCGCUGAAGAUCCUGCCGGGGACGCCACGGGAAUUUGGGUUUAGGGAUCUGAAGAAGGCAACGAAUGGGUUUGACGAGAAGAACAACAAGCUGGGGCAGGGAGGGUUCGGGGUGGUUUACAGAGGGGUGCUGGCCAAGGAGAAUAACUUGGAGAUUGCGGUCAAGUGGUUCUCCAGGGAGAGUAUCAAAGGGCAGGAUGAUUUCUUGGCUGAGCUCACCAUUAUUAAUCGCCUUCGUCACAAGCAUCUUGUUAAGCUACUGGGAUGGUGCCACCGGAACGGGAAAUUGCUCCUUGUGUACGAGUACAUGCCCAACGGCAGCCUGGACAAGCACCUAUUCGCGGCGGGCCCAGGUUUGGAGUGGAACCUCCGGCACAAGAUCAUCUCGGGGGUUGCGUCAGCCCUUCACUACCUCCACAACGAGUACGACCAGCGCGUGGUCCACCGUGACCUUAAGGCCAGCAACAUCAUGCUCGACUCCAACUUCAACGCCCGCCUCGGUGACUUUGGGCUUGCCCGGGCCCUAGACAAUGAGAAGACCUCCUACGCGGAGGCUGACGGGGUCCUCGGCACCAUUGGCUACAUCGCUCCCGAAUGCUUCCACACGGGCAAGGCUACCCAGCAGUCGGACGUCUAUGCCUUUGGCGCUGUUAUCUUCGAGGUCGUCUGCGGGCAGCGGCCAGGCACCAAAAUCGCGGGCUUUCAGCUGCUCGUCGAUUGGGUGUGGCUUCUGCAUAGGGACGGGAGGCUGCUGGAGGCUGUUGACAAAAGGCUUGGAGACCGCUUUGUUGAGGAUGAGGCCCGAAGGCUGCUGCUACUGGGGCUCGCAUGCUCGCACCCAUCCGCGGGUGAGAGGCCCAGGACACAAGAGAUUGUGCAGAUUAUAUCUGGGACGGUCCCGCCGCCUGUUGUCCCGCCUUUCAAGCCGGCAUUCGUAUGGCCAGGAUCUGGGCCCUUGGGUUCAGGCCUGGACUCGGGCUCUGGAAACGAGACGACGACGAUUACUACUUCGCAUUUUGGCUCAGGAUGGAGUCCUCAGUAUUUGAGCAGGGAGAGCUGUGGAGAGCAAAAUGUGGCCUGGGUGUAG